ACUGACAAGGUGGAGUGGGCGUUGAGGGCUUUUAUCCAAAACUUAGCUCUGGUUUGAAUCAAACCAGCUCCCAAACUACCUUCCAAUGGCGUCCUCUCUCUCCAUUUCUUCCCACUGUCAGCUCCCUUCGUCCCUCUCUUCUUCAAAGAGCAGUGUUAAAAAUAGUAACAACGGGAAACUUUCUUCUUCGCUUUUGGCCUCGCCGACCGGCAUUAUUGGUCUGUCUUCAAAGCUCAAUUACAUUCCUCUCCAAUUCCUCGCUCACAAACAGCCCCCACUUGUCACUCCAACACUAAGGCGUCUCGCAGUCAUUGCCAUGGCUCCACCUAAGCCCGGUGGCAAAUCCAAGAAAGUGGUGGGAUUGAUAAAGCUGGCGCUGGAGGCAGGGAAGGCGACCCCGGCACCGCCUGUAGGGCCAGCACUGGGUUCCAAGGGUGUCAACAUCAUGGCUUUCUGUAAGGAUUACAAUGCCAGGACCGCCGACAAAGCCGGUUAUGUUAUUCCCGUCGAAAUUACUGUCUACGAUGAUAGAAGCUUUACUUUCAUAUUGAAGACACCGCCUGCUUCGGUUCUGCUCCUAAAGGCCGCAGGUGUUGAGAAAGGUUCUAAAGACCCAAAGAUAGAGAAAGUGGGCAAGAUCACCAUUGAACAAGUGCGCACAAUUGCUGCUGAGAAGCUACCAGACUUGAACUGCACCAGUAUUGAAUCUGCGAUGAGAAUUAUAGCAGGCACUGCAGCUAAUAUGGGAAUUGAGAUUGAUCCUCCGGUUCUUGAACCCAAAAAAAAGGAACUUGUGUAGACUAUUUUGAUCUUUGUUCCCUCGAUUUUGCUUUAUUGUAUUUAUAAAUCAUCUUUGUGUAAAACUUUUGACAAAUUCCUGAUCUUAUAUACCAUGCUUUGGAUUUUGUACUUCUUUGCUGGAAA